GAGCAGAGGCAAAGCACAGCGCGGCCAGCCAUGAAGGUCUCCAUCCUGCUCCUGCUCAUCUGCACGGCCAUCCUGGCGGUGGGAGCGCGGGCCGAAGCUCCCGAUAAGACAGAAGUGGUGGUGAAGAAGGUGCAGGAGUACGUCAAGCAAGCCACUGAGGCAGUCAAGACGGCCUUCACCACAGUGCAUGAGUCAGAGGCAGCUCAGCAAGCCAGGAAAUGGCUGUCAGACAACGCCGACCUGGUGAAGCAGCAGCUGGCAAAGCUGAAGGAGCAGCUGGCCGAGCUCUGGAAGCUGACGCCGACCGCAUAGCCCGGCUGUGGGCUGGUGGGGGCCGACUGGGUGCGGGUCCUGCCCCCCAUCCCACGCACAGCACCGUUUCCCUUUUGUCGUGGUUCUUGCAAUAAAGUGGAGCUGGAGUGAGA